GUCUCUCCCACGUGAUUCUUUGCUGAGUAUGGCUGCGCCCAGGCAGGGGCUCUUUUGGGCAGUUCUGACUUGGGUCCUCUGGCUGGGGUCGGCGACGUGUCUGCAGGCCGGCGAUGGAGACGGCAGGCUCGGAGAGGGAGACCGAGGAGCUUGUGGCUGCAGCGGCAACCGGGCUAGUGGUGGGGAAGCGGCGGCACAGAAAUACUCUCUGGAAGCUAGUGCUCCCCUGCAGCGAAACCAGGAACUGGGGACCGUGCAGUCGAAAGACGAAGGUGGGCAGAUGGCCUUGAUUCCAGCUGGAGUAUUUACAAUGGGAACUGAUGAGCCAGCUAUACAACAAGAUGGAGAAUGGCCUGCAAGGAGAGUUCAUGUGGGUAGUUUCUACAUGGAUCGCUAUGAAGUCAGUAAUGCUGAGUUUGAGAAGUUUGUGAAUGCAACUGGCUAUCUCACAGAGGCAGAAAGAUUUGGAGAUUCCUUUGUGUUUGAAGGCAUGUUGAGUGAACAAGUGAAGACUGGAAUCCAGCAGGCAGUUGCAGCUGCUCCCUGGUGGAUGCCUGUUAAAGGAGCUAAUUGGAGGCACCCUGAGGGCCCUGAUUCUGAUAUCUCAAACCGAAUAGACCAUCCAGUUCUUCAUGUCUCUUGGAAUGAUGCUGUAGCAUUUUGUACUUGGGCAGGAAAACGGCUACCGACAGAAGCUGAAUGGGAAUACAGUUGUCGAGGAGGCCUUGAGAACAGACUCUUCCCAUGGGGGAACAAGCUUCACCCAAGAGGUCAGCACUAUGCUAAUAUCUGGCAGGGAGAAUUCCCUGCGAGCAAUACUGAGGAGGAUGGAUACAAAGGAACUGCUCCUGUGACAGCAUUUCCUCCAAACGGUUAUGGCUUGUACAACAUGGUGGGAAAUUCCUGGGAGUGGACAUCAGAUUGGUGGGCUGUUAAUCAUUCUGCAGAUGAAACAUACAACCCAAAAGGACCCCCAACAGGGACUGACAGAGUGAAGAAAGGUGGAUCUUACAUGUGCCACAAGUCUUAUUGCUAUAGGUAUCGAUGUGCAGCUCGAAGCCAAAACACUCCUGACAGCUCUGCUUCCAACCUGGGAUUCCGCUGUGCUGCGGACACCUUGCCCGACUAUUUAAAGGGAUAAAGUUGGCAGUGAUGGAGGAGUAAAAAAUCUCACCAAAGCAAGAGGUGCUCCAGGGGAGAGGAUGCAGCUUACAUCGAGAUCAUGGAUUGUGCUGGAGACAUUUUUUUUUCAAAAAGAAGUUGCUGAUUCUGAAAAUAUCAGCUGGCAAUUUUCUUCUGUAAUGUCUUCCUGAAGAAAAGGGCUGGAUUUCUACUUUAAGCAUAAGAAGACCAAACUUUAAUACUCCAGAUAUUUAAUUGCUGUACAUGAAAUCAGUGUACAAACUCAGCAAAAUGAUGACAUUUUUUUUAAAAGUAAGGAAUUUUGAGGGGGAAAGCAGAAUCCAAUAGAAAUCAUACAAGUGUUCAGUAAUUUAAUAGACGAUAUUAGGAAGUAAAAUCAUAGUAUAUUUCUUUUUAAAUUAAGUAUAUGGAAAAUCACGAACAAAGAAGACGACAAUCAUGGUGCUUGCAAAGCAAACGAGCCUCAUUCAAUGUCUCCAUUGAAUUCAAUAGACUUAAGUAUAAUGAACUUGUUCUGGUUGGAACCAGCAAUUUAAAAAAAUGUAUGUAUGUAUAUAUAUAUUAUCUUGGUCUCUAUAAAUACCUAUGAAGAUUUAUUCAUGUGUUUUGGUUUGGAUAGUACCUCUUUUUUUCUAGCAGCCUUAGAGGUUGUGCAGUUUACCAGAGGCCUUCAUUUUUAUAAAGACAGACAGAAUUCUGAGAGUAACUGUAUAUUAUUCAUAUUAGGACAACACCCAUAAACAAUUUGUGUAAUAGUCCCAGUUUAUCUUUGUGGUCAAAUUUCAGUUACAUUUAUGAAAUCUGGUUAAAUAUUGGCAUCUUUCGAUUAUGGAAGAAUCAUUGAAGGAAAGCACUUUGGUAUUAGAUAGGUAUUAGGUAGGAUGGGGGAAUAUUAUGCACACAUGAUUUUAUUUCUUUUAUUUUUGAGAUCCUUUCUGGUUUCUGAGUUGUAACAACCUUCACUUUUGUUUGCGUCAGAAAUCUUACUCAAUGGGUUUUGGCUAUAUUGAUGUGAGUUCAUUGUUCUGAGAAAUGAUGAGCUAUUUAUAAACAUGAUUAAGGUACAAGAGGCAGGAUUACAAUAGAACAAACAGAUUUCUUUAUUUACUUCCUUAGCAAUGUUUAACACUCAUGUUUCACAGUAUCUGCUGUCUGGAUGUUACGGCAAUAGAUUUCUGCUGAGAAAAACCUCUUUUUCAGAGAAUUACUGUUAAAGAAGUGUUUAAAUGCAAGUUAACCCAAUUCCCUUCUGAGCUUAAAAAUGCUUUCAACCCUGAUAACCAGCAUCUGACAGCUUCAACCUCAGGAGUUCUUUAAAUCACCGAGAUCCCACAGUUAUCAUAGUCUGGGUAUAUUCAGUCUACUUCUUUUAGAAGAUAGACUCACUCUGGAGUAAAACCACUUCCCUUCUGUAACGUUAAUCAAAUAACCAUUCUCUUCUACCUGACCCAGACUUCUAGCCCACAGAUUCCCUUAUCGAUCAGACCCUUUCUGUCCAGAACAACUGUUGAAAUCUUCAUUUCCUCUCCUGCUUAGAUGUUGCUGUGGCUCUUCACAUUCAAAACUCUGUGGCAAAGAAUUGGUACAUGAUUCAAAGAAGGGCAGGGUUGCCACCUGUCUCUCUCCUGAGUCUACAUGCGAGCCCUGAUGGAUCAGACCAUUUAGUCCAGUAUCCUGUUUCUCACAGUGGCCAACCAGGUGUCCUGGUUUUCAGCAAACACCAUCAGUACAUACUAGCUUUCUUCAUAUCCUCAAAUGCUAGGAACAAGCAAGCUGCAAUUCAUAGCAUUCUA